UCAUCUCUUGUCAUUAUCGUUUCUCAUGUCUUUUGAUUUCUAAUUCAACUGGAUGUCACCUUUAAGGGUCGAGGUAAAAAUUGUAAAAAAUAACUGAAUUAAUCGGAUUAACAAACUGCCAAUUAGCCUUUAUAAAGCCCAACGGAAAACUAAAGUAAUAAACGAUGCAGUCUUCUAUUUUUAAAGUAAUUUCAUCGACAACGAAGUCGGGUCUGAUAUACAACCAAAGAAUAUUGGGAAGCUUAGCCCAGAAAAGGUACUAUUCUAGUUCCGAAGAAGCGGAUAUAGUGGUCAUUGGCUCCGGGCCCGGAGGCUAUGUAGCGGCUAUUAAAGCCGCUCAGUUGGGCAUGAAGACUGUAUGUAUUGAAAAAGAUGCAACAUUAGGUGGUACUUGCCUGAACGUUGGCUGCAUACCCUCGAAAGCUCUACUCAACAAUUCGCACUUCUACCAUCUGGCUCAUUCCGGAGACCUAGCUGAACGAGGAACAGAGAUGAGUAACGUGAAGUUGAAUUUGGAAAAGCUUAUGGGCCAAAAGACGAAAGCUGUAACCAGCUUAACGGGCGGCAUUGUCCAGCUGUUUAAGAAGAAUAAAGUCACUCUUAUUAAAGGUCGCGGGAAAAUAACUGGAAAAAAUCAGGUGACAGCCACUAAAACGGAGGGAGGCUCAGAAGUUGUAAACACCAAAAACAUUCUCAUCGCUACUGGAUCUGAGGUGACUCCAUUUCCAGGAAUAGAAGUCGAUGAACAAACAAUCGUAUCUUCAACUGGUGCUCUCUCGCUAAAAGAAGUACCCAAAAGACUCAUCGUUAUCGGAGCCGGUGUAAUUGGUUUAGAAUUGGGUUCGGUUUGGUCGCGUUUGGGUUCCGAAGUGACCGCCAUUGAAUUUUUGCCGAGCAUCGGAGGUGUCGGUAUCGAUGGAGAAGUAGCCAGGACUCUUCAGAAAGUACUCACCAAACAAGGUUUGAAAUUCAAACUGAAUACCAAAGUUACGGGUGCGAAGAAAGAGGGAGGCGUCGUUAAAGUCGAUAUCGAAGAUUCUAAAGAUCCCAAUAAAAAAGAAACGCUCGAUUGUGAUAUUUUAUUAGUGUGUAUAGGAAGACGCCCGUACACAGAAGGCUUGGGAUUAGAAGAAAUGGGCAUUGCGAAGGACCAAAAAGGAAGGAUACCGGUAAAUUCGCACUUCCAAACGGUUGUUCCUAAUAUUUAUGCCAUUGGAGACUGCAUCCACGGUCCCAUGUUGGCCCAUAAAGCAGAAGACGAAGGUGUUGCUUGCGUGGAAGGCAUAAAAGGAGGACCGGUCCAUAUCGAUUACAAUUGUGUUCCUUCUGUUAUUUACACUCAUCCAGAAGUGGGUUGGGUUGGUAAAAGUGAAGAGGAUCUUAAAAACGAAGGUGUAGCAUACAACGUUGGUAAAUUCCCAUUCGCUGCUAAUUCCAGAGCAAAAACCAAUAACGAAACUGAUGGAUUUGUUAAGGUUUUAGCCGACAAAGCCACCGACAAGAUUUUAGGUACCCAUAUAAUCGGGCCUACUGCUGGUGAAUUGAUCAACGAAGCAGUAUUGGGGCAAGAAUAUGGAGCUUCGAGCGAAGACAUCGCCAGAGUGUGCCAUGCCCAUCCUACAUGUUCAGAAGCCCUUAGAGAGGCCAAUUUAGCAGCGUAUUGUGGAAAACCUAUUAAUUUUUAAGUUUAACGUCAUCGCGCAAUACAUACUUACAUUUUUUUAAUACCUACCACCUUUCUUUUUGUGUAUGUACAUACUAUUAAUUUUAUCAGGAUGUGUAUACUUGAUUACUUGUUACAUAAAUAUAAAUUAUUUAUUUCUAGAACGAGUGUGUACUAUUAAAAAAAUGGUAUUAACAUU